ACAUAGAAAAAGAGAGAAUAUGAAAAUGGGCAGUGUCCUCUUGUUCUCCGUCAUGUUGUUCAUUCUGGUGGCGGCAUCCAAUGCUCAAAACUGCUCCAGCAUAGCAUUCUCCAACGGCAGACGCUACGGCAACUGCAACUCUCUCCCCGUCUUAGAUUCCUCCAUCCACUGGAACUACCACCAGAACAACCGCACCGCCGACAUCGCCUACCGCCACACGCAAAUCAACUCCUCCAACUGGGUUGCAUGGGCCCUCAAUCCCACGGGCUCCCGCAUGCUCGGAGCUCAGGCCUUGGUCGCCUUAGUCGAAGCAGGAGGCACCGUCCGUCCCUACACCGCCCCCAUAUCCAGCUACACCACCGGACUGCAAGAGGGAAACCUGAGCUUCCGAGUUCCCUCUCUUAACGCUGAAUUCGUCAACGACACUCAGAUCAUCAUAUACGCAACUAUCGAGCUUCCGCAGGGAACCGCCACCAGCUUUUCUCACCUCUGGCAGCACGGCGACGUCUCCGGAACAAACCUCCUUCAGCACCCCCUCACUGCUGAUCACACCAGCUCGCGAGGGACUAUUGAUUUUGCUCCGGAGGCAGCCGCUGCACCACCGACCACAACCACAACCACAACCACAACCACAACCACAACAAAUAACUGCCCGCCGCAUAGUUUCUCAAACGGGAGGACAUUCUCUGCGUGCAACGCCCUUCCCGUCCUCAACUCCUUCCUUCACUGGAACUACCACGACGGCAACAACUCCGUGGACAUAGCCUACCGUCACACCGGAGUCAGCCGCUCCAACUGGGUGGCGUGGGCCCUCAAUCCCACCGGGAACAACAUGAUCGGAGCGCAGGCCUUGGUGGCUUUCUUCAACUCCAGCGGUGAGCUCCACGCCUACACCUCUCCGAUCACCAGCUACACCACCUUACUGCAAGAAGGAGAAUUGAGCUUCCGCGUGCCUGUCAUAUCCGCCGAAUUCAUCGCCGGCGAUCAGAUCAUCAUAUACGCUACUCUCAAUCUUCCUGCUGGGGCUACCACCUUCACUCAGCUGUGGCAGCACGGCCCCGUCUCCAACGGCAUCCCUCGCGAGCAUUCCACCAGCGGAGACAACGUCAGGUCCAUCGGGAACAUUAAUUUCGCCACCGGAGCCAGCACGCCCGCGGCCGCAGGAGGAUCCAGACAGCGUAAAAGAAAUGUUCAUGGGGUGUUAAAUGUGGUGAGUUGGGGAAUGUUGAUGCCAAUGGGAGCCAUGGCGGCCAGGUAUUUGAAGGUGUUCAAAUCAGCCAAUCCCGCGUGGUUUUACAUCCACGUCACCUGUCAGGCUUCCGCCUACAUUGUUGGUGUUGCCGGCUGGGGCACCGGCAUCAAACUCGGCAGCGACUCUGUAGGAGUCCAGCAUAACGUUCAUAGAAACAUUGGGAUCACCCUCUUUGCUCUCGGAACACUUCAGGUUUUUGCCCUGCUUUUGAGGCCCAAGCCCGACCACAAGUAUCGAUUCUACUGGAAUAUUUACCACCAAGCCAUAGGAUAUGCUGUGAUCAGCCUUAGCAUUGCCAACAUUUUCGAAGGCUUAGACAUUUUGGACCCAGAGAAAAAAUGGAAAAAUGCAUAUAUCGGGGUGUUGAUAUUUUUGGGUGUUUGUGUUGCUGUAUUGGAAGCAUUUACAUGGUACCUUGUGAUCAAGAGGAAAAGGGUCGAUAAGCAAUCUCACCACGUAACUAACGGAGUCAAUGGAUACCAAGCUUGAUUUGGAAUCAUAUUUUUUUUUUUUUGUAGACUACUAUUUUGUUAUUCAUUUGCCAUGUACAAUCACAUAGAGGGACAUACAUUUGUACUUUUCCUUUUUGCUCUUUGUAGUACUAUUCCAGGAUAUUUAUUCACUUAUGAUUUUGAUUCA